GGUGAGGAGCCACAGGGGAACAUUGAACAACAGAUGGAAACCAGGCUGAGCCAGGAAGAUGAGGGUCCCGUUGCUGGUUCUGGCUUUGCUGGUCACAGACUCCGCACUCGGUGAUCCGUGUGUAAACCACACCGUCCUGGAUCAGCCCUGGAGGAGCACAAAUUGUUACAACACUGAAUGCACCGGAGGACAAUUGAUGGAUGAUGGAAAUCUUGAAGUGGUUUGGUACAGACUGAACAGUUCCGGAGGAUGGAAGAUUCCGGAGACGGUCGUUCCACAGUAUCAUUGCUCCGGGGAGAACCCAGGCUGGUUAAACGGUCUCCAUCCCAAUGUGGGAGAGGGGGAGGUGACCAGGACCGUCUGCUUCACUGUGGGUGAAAACGCCUGUUUUGGGAGCCGAGAUAUCAGGGUGAAAAACUGCUCCGGUUACUUUGUGUAUCGGCUGAAGCCGACACCCCGGAGUAACGCUGUGUACUGUACAGUCACAGACUCUGCACUCGGUGAUCCGUGUGUAACCCACACCGUCCUGGAUCAGCCCUGGAGGAGCACGAAUUGUUCCAACACUGAGUGUACCGGUGGACAAUGGAUGGAUGAUGGAAAUCUUGCAGUGGGAUGGUACAGAUUUAACAGUUCCGGAGGAUGGAAGAUUCCCGAGACGGUCGUUCCACAGGAUCACUGUUCCGGGUACUACCCAGGAUGGUUAACCGGUCCCCAUCCCAACGUGGGAGAAGGGGAGGUGAUUAAGACCAUAUGCUUCUCCUGGGAUACACACACCUGUUACCUGAGCCAGGGGAUCAAGGUGAAGAACUGCUCCGGUUACUUUGUGUAUUGGCUGAAUCCGACACACUGGGGUUAUGCUGUUUACUGUACAGCACUGGCACUGUCGAAGCUGCAAGGCAGUCGGCACUUCCUAGUGUUCACACCAAAGUGA